CUGCAGUGCCCGCUCUCCUUCGAGGUCAUGACAGACCCGGUGAUGAACGCGGCUGGCCAAACCUACGAGCGGGCGGCCAUCGAGAAGUGGUUCGCGAGGGGCAAGCGCACCGACCCGAUGAGCGGCGCGGUGCUAGAGCACACCGACACGCGCCUAGUGCCGAACGUGCUCGUGCGCGGAAUG